GCAAUGGGCCUGACGGGCCCCGAAUUGUCUAUAUAAGCUCGCCGGUCGAUCGUCGUUGGACCAAACUCUCUCUCAUCAUCAACUCUCACAUCUUCUCAACAAUCAUCACUCGAGCCCCAGCUCCAAUCACCAUCAAUCCUCCCCUCUUUAAACCAACGACUUUCGUCCACCCCCCCAAACAAUCAAUAUGUCUGCUCCUGCCACCACCACUUCUCCCACCACCACUUCCACUCCUGCCCUUCCCAAGCCCCCCAUCACCUCAUCCAGCCUCGCCAAGACCAACCCUUACCAGUCCGACUCCGACUCUGAUGGCCAGGCCCGUGGCGGACGCCGUGGCGCCAAGCAGCAGUUCGUUGUUCCUCUGCCCACCUCCACCGGUCUCUCUCAGCCUGCCGGCCAGCUCCUGAGGGGUGCCACCGAUGACAACGGCAACCAAAAGUCCGCUGCCCUCCUCGUCGGCAUCAAGCUCGACCUCGAGGCCGAGGUCCACUUGACUGCCCGCGUCAAGGGAGACAUUUGCGUCGGCCUUUACUAAGCCACUCGUCCUUGUCUAAUUCCGAUGGUGAUUGGGUUUUAACACGGGGAUACGAGAUGAUGAUACACGAGAAUCAUGACAGCCCUGCCUGUGCUCUACGAUUCCGAUGAGCAGCAAAGUCGCAACCUCUUGAGGCAGCACUGGGUGUCAC